AUGUUUCAUAAACUAUCCAAAAAGCGGUAUACUCGUGAAGCUCGAGAAGAAGAUAUUGGCUUGGGUGUGGACUAUCUUUAUCGAUGCUCAGAGGGUGGUGACCGACGCUGCAUGAUCCUGUUGGCGCGUUACCUAGACGCCUCCGUGGUCUUCAGCGGCGACACUAAAAUUGAUCCUUUCGACCGGGCUGCACUGAAAUCUGCACUCAAUCUUGCUAGUACUCCAGUGGAGGAUUUCCUUGUCCUCUUCGGAAAUUCUACAUUCCCAAUGUCAGUGGCCACAGGUUCAUCAAAACCCUGGGCCGAGGCUGUUUCCUGAGAAUGCCUCUCCUUCUUCCCCGUCUCCCAACUGCAGCUUUUGCCUCAACAUGCACACACCCACCCAAUGGAACAGUUGCUUUUCCCUGCGGAAGCCAAACUAAUGAAUGGCAAGGGCGAAGGCGGUGGCGGCGGCGGUCACAUUUAUCACGAAAAGUACAUUGUGGUACUUUACAUCUAG